AUGGAUAAACGUCAACUCAUGCAAGCUGGACAAGUUGGCUCCUCCGAUGACAGCGACGGGUCCGAGAGUCAGGUUGGGACCCUUUGCGAGUCGCGCCAGGACGGUUUCCUUCUCGAGAAGUUCCACCACUUCUGGGCGCCACUGGGGAUUGGGCUGCUCUUUGAGUUUCUCCUUGUCCUGGCCAUGUGGAGAUGGCGAAGCCUGAACUGGCCUGAACUGCGCAACUACCUCGAGUAUAACGGCAUACACGAGGAACAGGCCAGAGAGUUGCUUCGCCCAGGUGACUACUUCCCGGUUGUCUUUCUUGGGUGCAUCCUCGGUCGUCUUCUCACCAUGACGGCCUGGAAGAAGUCGUUUUUGCAUGGCAAAGACUGCCACUACAGCGCUGUGUUCAUGUACUUCAACUGCGUGCAGUGGAUCGUGUACAUUGCGCUCUACUUCUGGUUGUUUGACAACCUGAAGAUGCUGACGUCUGUAAGGACGCUGCAAAGCGAGAUCCGCUUUCUCCCCUACAACAUGACGCCCCCGGAGCACCGAUAUCCCUGCCAAAACGACCCGUUCUGGCGAGAUCAGGAAGGCAUGUCGUGCGCAGACUAUGCGGUGAACACAUCCGAAGGCUUGAGAGGAGGAAAGAUACCGUGCGGCAUCGGCAGAGGAGAAGCGCUGAGCUGUCCCGUGUCCUGCAAUUUGACCUGCUCGGAAAGUCCUGGCCUGGAACGCUUCAGACGAUGUACCUCGAGACCUGGCGAGACCCUUCACAGUUGCACGACGAGAGGGGCUCAGGUCGGGCAGUGGGAGGCCUGCACCAAGCCGUACAAUGUCGAUGAGUGUUUCGGCUACGUCUUCCUCCUCGCCGAGGAUCAGAAGAACCUGGUCAAGUGUUGCGUGCAGAUGACAUUCAGCAAGAAGCUCCCGACUGUCUAUCUCUGGAAGACCAGAAUCCAAGCCUUCGACCUGGGUAUCGACGACGUCCUCGCGAUGUGCAAGUGGAUCGCUGUUCUUGUUAUGACAUGGGAUCUUCAGGAGUCGCCCUUCCUAGCCCCGAGCCACGCUUCCAAGGAGUUUACAAAUCGAGUUUGGCUGGACAUCCUUGACGCCUUCAUGUUCAUCUCGCUCUUUCAGGAAGCCAGCAUCCAAGCCCCUGCAGACGGCCUCUCCACUUCGGGCGUGCCGUUGCCAGGAGGCGAAGAUAAGACCCGGGAAGCGAUGUUCUUUUUCACCUGGCUGAUUGCUGCCUUUUUCUCUGUGCUCUCGCCCAUUGUCUACACCUGGUUCAGAGAUCGGGAGACGAAAGCAAGCGCAGAUGAGCAGAAGAAGCAGCUCUUGACCCAGGACACCUUGCUGAAAGAGCUGGAGGAGCGGAUCCGCUUGCUGGACAAGGAAGGGGCCCAAAUGCUCUUGGAGAAAGGCAUGCAGCUGACCGAGGAGGACAUCGCAAAGCAGGAGGAGCUUGACACCCGUGUGCUGGUCUGGCCGCAGGAUGACGAGUAUAACUCCUUCUUUAAGGUCCAAAAUCCAGGAUUUGCACGGCGCGAGAGGAACCAGGCGACCUACAACGUGGAGUAUGAUUGGGGCGACGUUGAAGAAGGCGUCACCUUGGAGAGACUACAGCCCACCGAAAACCAGCCCCGUGCGGACCGAGCACAGCUGUGCUCGGGAUGGUGUGAGACCUCCUACCUGUGCCCGGAUGAUGACCAGAUGUCGGCGAUGCAGCGCCGCGCUCACCUCAUCGACGCCUAUCGCUCCUUCUUCACCCUGGAGCUCCCAUUCUUCUGUUGGCGCUUGUGGAUCCAUUGGGGCGAUACUUCCGGUGUGGAGCCCCACCUGUUGACCAUGAAGAACCUGAUGUUUGGCAUCGCAGAUCUCCUUACCAUCCUGGCCUGUGGCAAUGAGGAUGCCACCAUUUUCGGCGUGGCCCCAGCCGCGAUCAUCUCCCGCAUGAUCGCCGGUACCGUGACCGGAGCCGUGAAGGCGGCCGGGCCCGGGGCGCUGAUGAAGAGGGCCUCGGGCGUCGCCCUGCGGGCCAUCUCCGCAAACCAAGCAAAGUUGGAGAUGAAGCUGGCCUUCCUCCGUCAGGAGCGCUACCUGGCAAGAAUGUCAGAUGGCGAGGAGGUCGCACGGAGAUUCGACGGCAACAUCGAGAGGCUCACUGCUGAGCUUGAAGAUGAAAAGGGCUUCCUCAAGCAUUUCACCUGA